GAAAGCAAAGAAACGAUGGAAGUGGUGUCGAACGCCGUCAACGAUGAGCUCAUCAGCUCUUUGGACUACAAGAUGCGGACGUCCAACGCCUCGUAUGUGGUCCCUCGCAACGAUGUCAUGUAUUAUCCCAGUUCCCUCAGCAGCUUCACCCCGACCACGUCUAGGGUGGCCCGAAUUCCCUUGACAAGUGGGACUGACUUCCUGGACCCCGAUUCGAUCAAGGUGGCCUUCAGGGUGCAGAAUAACGACGCUACGUUGGCCCUCCAGCCCGCGUUGGUGGAUCCUGGAUGCUUCGUGAAGCGCGUUCAACUUUUUGCCAACGGCCAGCGGGUCGAAGACGUUCAGGAAUACGGCAGGUGCAUGCAAUUGUACAGCUGCUUGAAGCCGAAAGAGUGGUGGGACAACCGUGGCGUGGAGGGCUUCAAGCAGGGGAACGACGCCUUCACGCGACCCGAAAGCAUCGCUGCCACUCGAUACUGGGACGUCCUCAUGGCUCCAUCCCUGCUCGGCCUCUUCAAGGCCGGCAAGAUGCUCCCGCCCGAGCUGAACCUUGUUCUCGAGAUCGAGUUUGCCCCUCCUGCAGAGGCGGUUCGACCGGGGGACGCAGGCUCCGAAGACUAUGAGAUCCAAAACGUUCGGGUCCUUGCCAGUCAAGUGACUUUGGAUUCCGCCCUGGUCGAAUCCUUCCGACGCGUGCUGCUGUCUGGCAGAUCCUUGGUGUUCAGCUUUCCGGCAAUGCACACGCAAGUAUCUUCGAUCCCGGAUGCUGCCACGAGCCACAACGUCACCGUGGCACGUGCUUUCACGAAGCUUCUGGGUGCCUUCGUCAUGUUUUACAACUCUGCCAGCGUGGAAGGUCCAGUGCGGGACCUGCGAAACCCUAGCCAAACGGUUGGCGUCGAGGGCGUCAUGGAGUCGCAGAUGCAACUUGGCUCGCUCCAGUAUCCCCACAACCCCAUGUCCUCGACGGCUGAGCACUUCCACUUCCUGUCGAUUCUGGCACACACCUACGACUCCAGCAUCAAGAACAUGCGCAUCACCACGGACACCUACCGCUUCAGAGAGUUCAUCGCGGCGUUCCCUACGGAAAGGGUGCCCGGCAUGCCACUGAGCGGCAUCUCCACUAGAUCCGGUGACUUGGCACGGUUCUCCUUCAAGAACCUGGCCGCUGACGCAGUUGAUCGCGUCUACCUCUACCUGUUGAGCUAUCAGGCGGAAACGGAUAUCAUGUCAUUAUUUGAAAGUUCCAUCACCGGCAACAUCCUGAACGACGGGCAAACCACCGAAACAAGUGGCAUCACCGCGGGGCAGCUGGCAACUGUGUUGACGGCUUAUACCCCGUUGACAGACACGGCCGCCAACACGGCCAGCAUUGGCACCAACUCCGCGGCUGUUGCGGCUCUACAGACUCAGGUGGCUGGCCUGCCCGCACCGCCCGACCUGGCUCCCUAUGCUCUGGCUGCAGACCUCGCGGCCGCCGAGGGUUCCGUAGCCGCCAACCAAUCCUCAAUCACCGCCCUGAACACCAGCCUGACAACGGGACUGGCAGGGAAGGCUCUGGACGCCCUGCAGCUAGACGUCAAUGGCAAGAGCACCCCUGCUUCAGUGGACUUAAAGCUGGCGAACCACCCCACAACAGCUGCCAUGAAUUCAGCCAUUGCAAGCGCCGACAACGCGGUGUUGGCUUCCGUGGCUGCCACCUACGGCUUGAAAACCGUCACGGACCAGCUCGCCGUGGACGUGGCCGCGCGGCAGACGGCCGCGGACGUGGACCAGAAGAUUGCCACGGCGUUGCUGCCAUACACAGACACCGCGGGCCUCAACGCUGCAGUGGCUUUGAGGACCACACCCGCCGAUGUGGAUCAAAAAAUAGCUACGGCCUUGUUGACCUAUGUCCAGCAAGUGGCCUUGGACGCUGCCUUGGACCACUUCUUGGUUGGCCUCCAGCUGAUUCAGAAGUUUGGAGGCCUCAACGUCCUGCUAGUGCCGAUGCAGAUGCGGAUAGUACGCUCGUGGGGUCCGUCGUUGCUCGCGCAAGAGCCACCCCCAACAACGGUUGAGGCAGACAUGUCAUUCGUGCUCACUACGCUGGACAGAUGGAGUUUGUCGUGGCGCCAAGCUAUGGGCAUGCUGAAUGGUCCUGGUGGUGUGUCACGGUUUCGUCACACAUCACACAAAGUUCUCGACUGCAUACGCUUGAGUGCUCAUCUAACUGGAGGGUCGAGUUCCUUGGUGGAUGUAGUGGCACAGUCGUUGGCCUCUGUCCUGCCAGAGUUUCUACGUGAGGCCUUCAUAAAAAAUGUCACGAAGCCUAGCAGUAACAGGAGACUGCUCCCCAGUGCUAGUCUCAUUCGGCGUUACGAACUUGCGUUUGAUGUUGCACUCAUGCUGCUGAGUCGGAAGCGGGCCUCUUCUGUGUCGUCGUGCAUUCGCGUUGGUUGGAGCGAUUCUUCGCCCCUGGCCGGGUAUGAUUGGAUUUGGUCACAGUAUCAUGAAGUGGACAAGAGCCAUCUGCUCGCGACGUUCCGGGCUAUAAGCAGUCUCCAGCAGGGUGUUGCUUCUUUCGUUGAAGAGCAGAGGCAACUGCAUCAAGACCUUCUUGACGGCGACGAGCCUGAAAAAAUACGGUGGCCAACGUCUCCUUUGCCUGAGUGGGUGCCAUGGCUGCAGACUCUGAGAAGCAAUAUUCAUGAACAUAUCAACCCCCCGGCAGCUAUGGGCAGUGGCCACCGCAGCCUGUCAGACAAGGCUGCAUGCGAGGUCUUUAAGUGGCAUCUGCAGCACCCAAUCACCUCGGACUUGUUCCAACACGGAGCCUCUUACGUCGCACAUUGCAGCGACAUGGGAGUGGAACUGAGUUUGCCAGAUUUUCAUGUCUCAGGGUCCGUAGAGGCCCUGUUGCCAGACUGGCUGCACCGCUUUAUUCCCCCUGACAUUGAUGUAGAUGACAGCAACCAAGCCGUUCCGUGUGCACCACUGGAUGUUGAAGACAACAUAGAUGGAGAUUUUCUUGAGGAUGACGACGUUGAACCUGGAGGUCCCGCUGAGGCUGUCGCUGCGCCUGCUCAUCAAAGGGCUGGACCACGUGCCGCCGAGAGCUUUCUCAUGCCUUGUGCCUUCACAAUCGGGGGCCUGCAGCAUGUCGUCAACAAUCUUUGUGCAGAUGUUCAUCAGGGCAUGGGGAAUUGGGCUCCGUUUUACAGUGAUUUGAAAGCUGUGGAAGCUCUGCUGCGUGUCGACGAGCGUCGGCAAAGGUUCAUUUGGACAUGCCUCCAGGGCACUCCUUUGGAAGGGCAAUCUCAUCGGUUCCAAAGGUUCAAAGGCAGUCUUUAUGAGAGUCACUGGCACGAAGUCCUUGGCUUCUUGAAACAGUUGACGGGGCUACUCCCUACGUUGGCCAGGGCGUGGGACAGUCAGAAGUACAUCCGGGGUGUCAACUUGGAUGGUCAAGCUCGGCCAGCCCAAGCACAAGCCGAGAAUGUGCAAAAUCAACGUCAAGGUCUUUCUGUCUUUGACCCAGCCAAAGUGACAGAAGCUGUUCAAAGCCCGCUAUUCCACAGUUACGCAGCGAUGGCCUUGAAACUCGAAGAGGCGAACUUGAAGGUGUCUUCGAAGAUAUCUGUUCGCUGCGG